CGGGGCAGGUUUCUUCCCGCGCGGAGGCUGGGCGACUUGGUCGUCAUGGAGGCAGUCUUGACGGAGGAGCUUGAUGACGAGGAGCAGCUGAUGAGAAGGCAUCGCAAAGAGAAGAAGGAGCUGCAAGCUAAAAUUCAGAGUAUGAAGAAUGCUGUACCCAAGAAUGACAAAAAGAGGAGGAAGCAGCUCGUUGAAGAUGUUGCUAAGUUGGAAGCAGAAAUGGAACAGAAGCAUAGGGAGGAACUGGAGCAAUUGAAGUUGACAUCUAAGGAGAAUAAAAUAGAUUCUGUUGCUGUUAACAUUUCAAACUUGGUUCUUGAAACUCAGCAGCCUCGGAUAUCAAAAGCACAAAAGAGACGGGAAAAGAAAGCUGCACUGGAAAAAGAGCGGGAAGAAAGGAUAGCCGAAGCUGAAAUUGAGAACUUAUCUGGAGCCAGACAGGUAGAAAGUCAAAAACUUGCCCAAAUGUUGGCAGCCAGGCAGUUGGAAAUUAAACAGAUUCCAUCUGAUGGCCACUGCUUGUAUCGAGCCAUUGAGGAUCAGCUGAAGGAGCAGGGUGGCACUGUAACUGUGGCUGCCUUAAGACGUCAGACUGCUGAAUACAUGCAAAGCCACGUGGAAGACUUUCUGCCAUUUUUAACAAACCCUAAUACAGGAGAUAUUUAUACUCUAGAAGAUUUUGGAAAAUACUGUGAUGAUGUUGUAAACACAGCUGCAUGGGGAGGUCAGCUUGAGAUAUAUGAGACAUGCAUAUGGCUUAGGAGAACAUUACAAUUCUGUUACACGGUUGAUGAACACAGCUACAGAGAAUUGCAGCUAGUUUACAACAUGUUGCACAGUUGUGCUUUGGUACAGUGCGCCCAUCUGAGUCUUCAUCCUGAGUGCUGUCGUGAGCUACAUGUCACUGAAAAACACAGCAACCUUUAAUGAGUUUUAUGGCAAAGGUACUAACAAAUUUUUCUGAAAUGUGUCAGAAUGUACCAUUAUCUCUUAGUGGUGUUUUUAAAACUGUAAGAUCCAUUGUAGAAGACAUCAUUUAUAGACCAAGAAGACACGAUAACCAUUUUCAUGAAUGUUUCCAUUGAUAAAAAGCCUUUGGACAUUCUCCUCUGUGUUGGAAUGCA